AUGGAGAAUUUCAGCUUAAUUUUCAUAGUGCUGAAUGUAUAUUGUGUUCUUGAGUUGGUGAUAGCAAAGCCACAACAACGAUCUUUUGAUGUCAGAUGGCCGAAUGGUAGUGCGGUAUCUAUUCAUUUCCCAAAUCAAAAGGAAUCAGGAUGUAUUUUAGAUAGAGUACUUGAUAAUUUGAUAUGUAUGAAAAAUUGGCCCCAUUAUAACAUAAUUGGCAAAUGGAAAUAUUAUCCUGAACACAUAAAAUAUGUGUCAGUAAGAUGUCAUGACCAGUCGUUUCUAGCUGAACAUCAACAUAACUGUUACUGUAAACAUUCUAAUAUUACUACCAGCCAGCAUCCAGGCAAACACAGGGACGAUUUUAACUUCUGUCAGCUUCAUACAAUCUCCUACAAUGUAUUUUAUCAAUUGUCCAAUGUACAAGUGGUUGACCUUGGUAGUAAUCUGCUUAAAGAAAUCCCAGUGGGUCUUUUUAAGAAUCAAAAAUCUUUAUCCUAUCUGGAUCUUUCUAACAAUCCAUUACGAGAUAUGCCUCUUGGGCUUUUCUGUAAUUUAUCUAAGCUUCAAAUCAUAUUACUUCAACAUUUAUCAUUGGAAAUAUUUCCUUGGUCUGCCUUUUCUUGCGUUGAUGAUACAAUUUUAAAUGUUAAGAUGAUCGAUUUGAGCAUGUCUCAUAUAUCACAGAUAGCUGACCAAUCUUUCCGUAAUAUUCCUAACCUUGAGUUUUUAAAUCUAACCAGCAAUCUACUUCACGACCUUCCACCAACACCGUUCCAUGGGGCCACAUCUUUAAAAUAUCUGGAUCUAUCAGAAAACUUCAUAUCCAGGAUAUCACAGGAUUUCUGUGAUGGAUUACAUAAACUAGAAAAAUUGUUCCUGAGAGGAAAUAGUUUCCAGUACAUGGAUUUCGCAGUGUUUGCCAAAUGUGACCACAUUCACCAUCUGGAUAUUUCUAAGAAUUUACUUGAACAUCUACAACUUUCUAGCUCGCCACAUUUUGCUAUGAAAAACCUGAAUCUCUCGGAUAAUGACCUGGAACAAAUACCGGCGUUUUUCUUCAAUCAAAGCUACACAGAACUCGAAUAUCUGGACAUAAGUGAUAAUGAUAUAAGAUUUAUUGAAAAUGGUGCUUUCACUGGACUGAACAAUCUUGUAUUUUUGGAUUUGAGUUGGAAUCUAAUUGAAGUACUAAGUGAUCUUGUGUUUGAGGAUUUAGAUAACCUUGUUCAUCUGGAUCUGGGAAAUAACAUGAUUGCUGCAAUAGAACCCGCAACGCUUGGGAAUCUAACAGCACUACAGGAACUGCAUCUAAACUACAACCAUAUUUCAACUAUUGGUAAUAUCGGCCUGGAUAAUCUUGAAAAUCUUCUUCUUUUACGUCUUGACAAUAACCAUAUUACCAAUAUUCCAGAGGCACUAUUUGGAAAUCUGACGAGUUUGAAUGUGCUCAAUUUAUCACGAAAUCAUCUCGAAUUCAUUCAAAAUACAACAUUUCAUGCGGAAUUAGUGGUCUUGGAUUUAUCUUUUAAUAUGCUGAAGGAACUUCCCGUAGGAAAAGGUUUAAAGACACUUUUGCUGCGCAGAAACCACAUUACUUGGAUUCCAUUGCAUGUUUUUGAUGCAAUGACCCAACUUGAAGUUUUGGAUUUAAGCUUUAACAGGAUAACAACACUAGACACCAAAUCAUUUGAUGAACUCGUCAAUAUUCAGUUAUUGGACUUACGACAGAAUGAAAUCCACACAAUUCUAAAGAGUGAGGACUUUGACAUGCCUCCAUUGUUUCACAAACUUGACCUUAGUCAUAAUAAUGUCACUAACAUUUCAGAUAUUGGUGUUUGUGGAUUCUUACACUCAGUCAUCAAUCUGGAUUUAUCUUAUAAUCCCAUAGAGACAAUUUACAAUGUUUUUGAUGGCGGAAUGUCUAGGACUACCAUAAAGAACUUUGUUUGUCAAUAUUGUCAACUGGUUCACGUGGCAGACACUAGUUUCGAACACGUUCCUUCACUAACAAUGGUUGAUUUGUCUAAUAACAAAUUGAGCCAUUUUCAACCAUUCUUCUCUUCUGCUGAUUUCAAUCUUCUUUAUAAUCCUGUAGUUUGUACCUGUGACAUGAAAUGGCUAAAAGAAAAACUCGUUGUCGUCAACAAUAUUCCUGUUCACACCAGCCAUUACAUCAUUCGUAAUUGCUUCACCUAUCCCAAAUUAGGGUUAAUGAAAAUAGCUGAUGUCCCAUCUGUACACUUCCUGUGUCAAAUACCAAACUGUACCAACUUGUGUAAAUGUUAUACAAGAGAAAUUGACCUGAUUCCGGAAACUGUUAUCUGUUCACGUAAUUUGACCUCCAUACCAACCGAUUUACCCAUGUCUUCAAAGGAAAUCUAUUUGGAUGGAAAUGAUUUAGAACAUUCAGCUUUUCAAGCAAAGCCAAAAGUGGAAUUUUCUUCACUGGAGGAAAUUUAUCUUAAUUCUAGUAAAUUUCAAGGACUAGCAGACGAUUUCUUCUCCAACAUGCUCAGUCUUAAAAAGAUAAACCUCAGUGAUAACAGUAUUAUCAACUUGGCAUCAAAUACUUUUCAUAAGCUUGGAUUUCUAGAAGAACUAUAUUUAGAUAACAAUGGAAUUAGAACAAUUCCUGCAGGCCUUUUAGAGGGUCUUGUAAAUCUUAAACUGUUGAGUCUUCAGAAUAAUAAACUACAUUUUCUCUUGCCUGAAACGAUAUCUGAACUGUCAGUUAUGGUUGGUUUCAGAUGGAUUAUACUAUCAAACAAUCCGUGGAUCUGUAAUUGUCAAAAUAUAGAUCUGAUUGACUGGGUCAAAGGUCAUAGGAGUAGAGUUUUUGAUAGACGUCAUGUCCGAUGUGGUGAAAUUGAUAUCAUGAGUUUUGAUAGAAGUAAAUUGCAGUGUUCUAAUGAUUCUCAUCAAUUAAGCGCCAUAGUGGGAAUUUUGGCCUCGUGUUUCUUAGUGUUGAUUGCACUAAUAUCAAUCUGUAUUUAUUCAAACAGAAAAAAUAUCAUUGCUUUAGGCUAUUCUAGAAUGAAAAUAGAAAAUUUUCAUUGUUUUAAAAAUGUGGUAAUAAGAAAUGACUAUUUGUAUGAUAUGGUUAUUAUAUUUGACGAAAAUGACUCGAAGUGCCGAUGGUGGGUCACAAGGAACCUAAUACCUCGUUUAACUAAAAGAAAUUGGAAAUUCAGGAUUUACAUUCCUAAUUGUGAGAACAAUACACCAGAUAUGCUUAUUCAUGAAAUCAGGGAUAAUAUUCGACACAGUCAGUGUACGUUGUUUUUAUUAACUAAGAAUUUCAUAUACAGUCAUAUUUGUACGAAAAGUUUUAAAUAUGCUAAGUACGAUUCACGUCAUUUUGGACAUUUGAUUCUAAUAAUAGCAUGGGGUGAAUUGACUAGAGGCCUGUUAGAAAGUGAUGCUAGAACGUUUUUAUUAUUAGGUAAUUACCUUAAAAUACGUGAGAGAUUUGUCAUUGAUAAAUUGAUAUGUUUAAUGCCAACUCCACUAUCAGACAUUACUUUAUCAGAAUCAUCUAUAUCAGAUGAACAAAAUGUCAUCCAUUCAUCAUAUAUAUAG